AUGACCGAGGUUAUGAAUCCCGUACCAACGCCAGCACCAGAACCGAAGCCUGUAGAAAGCCAGCAACCACAAUACACCUUCAAGUUCAGCGAGUUCCUUCGGCGCGAAUAUCGCUUUGGCCUCAAUCCGGACCGCCCAGUAUGCAAGGCGUACCUCCAGGGCCAUUGCCCGGACGGCAAUAGAUGCCCGAACAAACACAAUGUCUCGUCGUCAUACAACAAUCUUGUAUGCAAGCAUUGGUUGCGUGGUCUGUGCAAGAAGGGCGAGACAUGCGAGUUUCUUCACGAGUACAACCUACGACGAAUGCCCGAGUGCUCAUACUACGCCCGAACCCAGACGUGCUCUAACGGUGAUGACUGUCUUUACCUACACAUCGACCCCGAAGCCAAGCGUCCCUCAUGCCCACACUACGACAGAGGGUUCUGUCCGCUUGGUCCGUACUGCGCGCUCAAACACAACAAGAAGGAGAAGCUAUGUCCCUUUUACCUCUGCGGUUUCUGUCCCGAAGGGAAGGGCUGCAAGUACGGGGCACACCCACGGUUCCCUACCGAUCUCCAGAAGCCUGAGGUGCGUGUGGAGAAGAGUCCUGAGGAGCUCGAAGCCGAGCGGAUAGAGCGCGAACGCGAGAUGAUGAGGAGAGAAGAGGAGGAACGCGAGCGUGACGAUAGGAACGGUCACCAAGGCGGUCGCGGCUUUAGGGGCAACUGGGACCGCAAGAAGCGCGGAAGAGGAAGGGGCAGAGGCGGAAGGGGACGAGGAGACUAUUGA